UCGUCUAUGGCAGCUGGCACCUCCCAAACCUUUGUGUGUAAUGGAAUGGAAGGCCGUUAUGUAAACAUUGUGAUUCCUGGAAGACAAGAAUACCUGACACUGUGUGAGGUGGAAGUCACUGGUCAGCCUAAAGCUCUUAAUAUUGCUCAAACUGGAAACGUGAUUCAGUCCUCUCUGUAUGGAAAUGCCAUCCCUGAAAGGGCCAUUGAUGGAAAUCGUGCUAGCGUCUUUGGACAGGGAUCCUGUAGCGUCACUAACAAUGAUUUAAAACCAUGGUGGAGACUGGACCUCCUGAAGACAUAUCAGAUCAACACUGUCACCAUCACCAACAGAGGAGAUUGUUGCCCCGAAAGAAUCAGUGGCGCUGAGAUCCGCAUUGGUGAUUCCCUCAAUGACAAUGGCAAUGGUAACCCCAGAUGUACCGUUAUCUCGUCUAUGGCAGCUGGCACCUCCCAAACCUUUGUGUGUAAUGGAAUGGAAGGCCGUUAUGUAAACAUUGUGAUUCCUGGAAGACAAGAAUACCUGACACUGUGUGAGGUGGAAGUCAAUGGUCAGCCUAAAGCGUUUAAUAUUGCUCAAACUGGAAACGUGAUUCAGUCCUCUCUGUAUGGAAAUGCCAUCCCUGAAAGGGCCAUUGAUGGAAAUCGUGCUAGCGUCUUUGGACAGGGAUCCUGUACCCACAGUAACAAUGAUUUAAAACCAUGGUGGAGACUGGACCUCCUGAAGACAUAUCAGAUCAACACUGUCACCAUCACCAACAGAGGAGAUUGUUGCCCUGAAAGAAUCAAUGGUGCUGAGAUCCGCAUUGGUGAUUCCCUCAAUGACAAUGGCAAUGGUAACCCCAGAUGUACCGUUAUCUCGUCUAUGGCAGCUGGCACCUCCCAAACCUUUGUGUGUAAUGGAAUGGAAGGCCGUUAUGUAAACAUUGUGAUUCCUGGAAGACAAGAAUACCUGACACUGUGUGAGGUGGAAGUCACUGGUCAGCCUAAAGCUCUUAAUAUUGCUCAAACUGGAAACGUGAUUCAGUCCUCUCUGUAUGGAAAUGCCAUCCCUGCAAGGGCCAUUGAUGGAAAUCGUGCUAGCAACUUUGGACAGGGAUCCUGUAGCGUCACUAACAAUGAUUUAAAACCAUGGUGGAGACUGGACCUCCUGAAGACAUAUCAGAUCAACACUGUCACCAUCACCAACAGAGGAGAUUGUUGCCCCGAAAGAAUCAGUGGUGCUGAGAUCCGCAUUGGCGAUUCCCUCAAUGACAAUGGCAAUGGUAACCCCAGAUGUACCGUUAUCUCGUCUAUGGCAGCUGGCACCUCCCAAACCUUUGUGUGUAAUGGAAUGGAAGGCCGUUAUGUAAACAUUGUGAUUCCUGGAAGACAAGAAUACCUGACACUGUGUGAGGUGGAAGUCACUGGUCAGCCUAAAGCUCUUAAUAUUGCUCAAACUGGAAACGUGAUUCAGUCCUCUCUGUAUGGAAAUGCCAUCCCUGAAAGGGCCAUUGAUGGAAAUCGUGCUAGCGUCUUUGGACAGGGAUCCUGUAGCGUCACUAACAAUGAUUUAAAACCAUGGUGGAGACUGGACCUCCUGAAGACAUAUCAGAUCAACACUGUCACCAUCACCAACAGAGGAGAUUGUUGCCCCGAAAGAAUCAGUGGCGCUGAGAUCCGCAUUGGCGAUUCCCUCAAUGACAAUGGCAAUGGUAACCCCAGAUGUGCUGUUAUCUCGUCUAUCGCAGCAGGCACCUCCCAAACCUUUGUGUGUAAUGGAAUGGAAGGCCGUUACAUAAACAUUGUGAUUCCUGGAAGACAAGAGUACCUGACACUGUGUGAGGUGGAAGUCACUGGGUCUCUAAACUGAUUUUAAAACAAUUUUGUCGGUACAUGUCCACUUAUUUUUAACGCUGGUAUAUGCAAGUUAGCGUAUUUGAUGUGUUCUAGCUUUGCAAACCGAGCAUAUUUUUAGUAAAACACUUGGCAUUGUCAUAUGGUCUAAAAUCAUCUGGCCAAAGGACAACAGUUGAAAAUUAGCCGGCUGGCUAAUACUGGCACAUUUACAGAAAUGUUAAUUAAUGUGUGUUGUCCUUUAUAAAAUAAAGAAUAAGAAUAUCAUAAGGUUAGGAAAGCUGAAGCUUUAUGUAGAACUGACACAGAUGUUUGUUUAAUACAUUAGUUAACAAAAAAAUAGGGUUAUAAAGGUUAUUGUUCAAAUUUAGACAGCAGGCAAAAGAGAUGGCUUCAGGAGAUCCAGCUCUGUUAACUGAUCAUACUAUUCUGUGCCUUGAAAGCGACAAGAGAUGGGAAAGCAACGGGUGGCAAAUUAAUGA